AUGCAGGGCGCCGCCGUCGCCGUCGAGGGGAGGAGCAGGGCUUCGCCGGACAAGGCCGACGAGGAGAGCGCCAAGAAGCCGCGCCUCGACCUGCCCGACGCCCACUCCGUGAAGCAAGAGCUCGUCGCUCCAGAUGCGGCCGGAGGAGGAGACGGAGGCGCCAUCGUCGCGGCGGCGUCGGCGUUCGGCCCGAGAGAGGAGCUCGCCGUGAGGAUCGACAAGCGCCUGCUCCACUGCCCCCUCUGCACCCUCCCCUUCAAGCCCCCCGUCUUCCAGGUUCUUCCCUUUUUUCUUCCACACUCGCUCUCGGUGCCGUGCCGCCCGGUGAAACAUCCAUCCUUUCCUUCCUCAAGAAGAUUGCAAAGCGGGCACCUGGCCUGCGCCGGCUGCGUCGCCCAGCUGCCCUGCGGCCAGUGCAAGGCGUGCGUGGACGGCGCCGGCUUCUUCGACCCCUGCCCCGCGCUGGACGCCGUCGUGUCCUCCACCCGGAUCGAGUGCCCCAACGCCGGCUGCAAGCGGUACGUCACCUACCACGAGGUCGCCGAGCACCACACCGCGUGCCCGCACGCGCCCUGCCGCUCCACGGAGCCCGGCUGCGGCUACGUCGGCGCGCCGCAGGCGCUCGCCGGCCACCUCCACACCGUCCACUCGGUGCCGGUGCGCGCCGUGCAGUACGGCAAGGCCAGCCAGCUCCGCGUGCCGGUGUCGGCGCCGCGGCUGGUGCUCCUCGGCGACGACGACAACCGCGUGUUCCUCCUCACCGUGGGCGCGCUCGGCGCCGGCGUGACCGCCGUGUCCGUGGUGUGCGCCAGGGCGAGCGCGGCGACGCGGCCCCGGUUCGCGUGCAAGAUGUGGGUCAACCUGGAGCCGGCCAAGUGCGGCAAGGAGGACAUGGUGCUGGUGGACAUGCACAUGAGGAGCAGCUCGUCGCCCGGCGCGGUGGUCGCCGCGGGGGAGCCGACGUUCCUGAUGGUGCCGCCCAUGUACCUGGUGCCAGCAGCAGCAGCAGGGGACGGGGCUGCGUCCAUGGAAGUUCCCCUGCACAUCCGCAUCCACAAGCUCUCCCCUUGGUCCGACGCAUUGGUGUGAUUAGGUCCAGCACUCACUCAAGGCAGUUCGUGGUUGCUUAAACUAAGUAUUUGGGUGAUGUUUAUUAGCAGAUGCAGUUCAACUUUGAUGCUAGUCCUACCUAGUAUUAGUCAACUUUAAUGUCGUUGUAGGAGGAUAUUAUGCUUUGUGCUAAUCCUGUGGUGAAAUGCAUCUUACUUCCGUGUUA